UAUAUUCAGUUUGAGUUUUUCGGAUUAAAUUUUUUCUAAUAAAAAUGACGGCGUCUGUUGAUGUUAGUGUCGAAGUUUUGCAAGAGUGCAUGAUUCAAGAAGUUACUUUGGAUGGCCAGGAAAUAUACGUUUUGCCUUUGACCAUGUCUGAAAAUCUGACAAAAAUGGCCCACAAAAUUGAUUUUUCAAAAGAUGAAUUUGAUGGCAAAAGUAAACAGUUAUCAGAAGCAGUUGAUGAGGAGGAAGAAGAUGAGGAAGAAAAUGAGAAUGAGAGGCAGUAUCCCAAGCAAACACUUGUCCAACCCUCUCUCUGGCCAUGGGAUUCUGUCAGAAACAAAUUAAGAUCUGCACUAACUGAAUUGACAGCUCUUCAAGACAUAUUGACAAUUUCGAGAGAUCGAAGGUACAUGACGCUAGAUUAUGUUCAGCAUGAUGCAGGCGAGGCAAAGAGUGCAUUUCUGCUUGUGGCAAGGAAAAGGGCAAUAGCAUCUAGUGCAGGUUUCAUGAACACUGGCAUGGAAAGGAUGAAGAAGAAUCUUGAACAGAUAAUGAAAAAUAAGAACCACGAUUUUCACUACGAGCUGUUGAAGUUGAGGAAAAUAUGGAGAUUGAAGAAAGUCGGAGGCUCCAUUCUUGGGGACCUCAGCUACAAAUCAGCUGGUUCUCAUUUCUGGGUCAGUGGGACGUUUGAGGUGGUCAAGACGGACAGUGAGGCAGCCGACAACGAGCCAGGCACGUCGCUACAGCACCAACAGCAGCAGCCCAUGCAUCCAAUCCACAGUCCACUCUCCAACCUCUCCAAUUUAAAUGUCAUCAUCCCAGACGAGCUCAGCGGCAAUGCAUACAUCAGGAUUAUCAUUAAAAGAGUCAAUGAAAAAGACUGCAGCAUAAGCACAUUCUUCUCGCAAAACUUCCUAUCGUCUUCUUCGUCAUCGUCUUCAACUUCUAGUGAACAGCUAUCAUGGUCGAAAAGACUUGAGCUUGCCCAGAAUGUUUUAUUUUGUAAAGAAUUAUUUGCACAGUUGUACCAAGAAGCCAUGAAACACCAAUCACGAAUUCCAAAUAUGGCUUGCGGGAAUCAUAUCGUCUGCCAUUUGUUUCCUGACGUGAAGUUGUUCAUAUCCUUGUGCCACACAACAGAGCAGAACAAAUCAAAUAAUGGGAACAAACCAGCACUUGCACUGAGCAAGCAGCACAACAGCGUAUUAGAGCAUUCUGUCUACCAGCUAUUAAGGGAGAUACACUACAACAACACCAACUUUCCCCCUCCAAGGCCCGUCACCAUGCCGCUUGGUUUCAUCAAAAAGAGGCAUCAUCUUGGCCCUGCCGGUUCCACUAAGUCACAAAUUUCGGACUUUAAUUUGGGACUACCUCGAAAUAUUAUUCUUUGGCCGUUUGUCAGUCAAGCGAAGCAUUACUUCAACAGACAAAGAGUCAUCAACAUGAUAGAUGAGAUCGUCAUAGAAGUCCACGAACCUCAGAUAAUUGUCCACACAAGUUACUUGAAUUCGGCCACAUCAACAGGCUUGCGUUUAACUAUGGCUUUCAGUGGAUUCGAACACAACAAGACCUGCAUUAUGUUAUACAUCUAUGAGACCAAGCUGGAAGUAGCAUGCAAGGAUGGCAGUUUUCAAACGCUGGAUGUUGACUUCAAACAGCUUAGAAGAUUUAUUAUGGAGCAGGUCACCGAACAUCAUUUACUCAUGGUCAGCGUGCUAGCGAAAGCAUUUGACUGGAAGAUACUUUCCAUGAAUAAGAACUGCUUCCCCCCGAAGGAUUACAUCGUCAGCAGAGAUUGCGGCUACUAUGAUGAUGAGACUGUCAAGAUGCACCACGACGAAGAACUCACUGGUGACAUCAACCCGAGCAUGGGAAUGCUUAUCAUCUCGCCCAAACAGAAUAGGAUGUUGAGUAUCCACUGCUUCAGGAACAACACUCAAAUCGUGAAGGUGUGUCGCAAACCAGGCGUCCAACAAGCGUCGGGAGCAUCAGUCGAGGCUGUCGAGAACGAAGUAAUGCAGGGUUGUGAGGACCUGCCUCCGAAGUGGCAAGAAACUGUUGACUGCUUCGAAUUCGUCUACAUGGAAUACCUUCCCGGCAAAAAUUUUGCUCAGAAGCUGGAAGUCUUGAUGGCUGCUCUGGUGCCAGAUCUGACUGCAUAAAAUGAAAUUGUUAUUUUAUUUAUCAAGUUGAGUGUUUGGUUCUUUGUAAGGUGAUGAUGAUUAGUUAUAGCAAUAAAGAAAGUGAAGUGACGAUAAUAUUGUUAUCUAGUUAUGUCUACCGUCAUAUCAUCGCAUUCUAGUAUUUUUUCUGACUUCAUUUUUGGAAACUGUAGCAUGGCGUGAAAAAUUCUUACGUUGUGUGUGUGUGUGUGUGUGUGUGUGUAGUUUGUUGGUUCUCACGCGUUAUUGGUGGAAAUGAUUCAUUCCAGUGCCACUUGUAUUAUACUUCUUGUAAAAAAUUGGUUGCUUACGUUAAUGAGAAUCACAACGUAUAUGAA